AUGGAAAGCUCAGAUGCUGACGAUGAAGAAGACAGAGUUUCGGUCCGACGCAGAGAUCAGAUAGACCGAAAGGCUCGAGAAGAUGAUUGCUACAGACUCGUAAGUGAUCUGAGUGAAGGAGAUUACAUACUUAUGAGGGACAACAAUUUGCUUGGCCCCCUAGGUGAAAGUACAGAAGAAGAGUUGAUGAGGAGACGUCAAUUAAUGAAAGAAAACCCACUACAAAACUCAGAGGAAAAUCCAG